AUGUUUGGCAAGAUCAGUUUCAAGACCCAGGUCGAGCUGGUCAGCCUCAAGCUCGACUUCGUGGAUGGAGCUCAUGCGCGUGACCUAGAUGAUGAAGAGUCGCCAGCCUCCCUUCACUCCACCACCCUGUCCUGGCCGGCGGCAGAGCCCAGGGACCAGGUCCUGGCGCGGGUGCGGGAGGCCCUAGAGGCCCCCUCCCUCUGGCAGGAGUUUGCGCGCCUCACGCUGCACACCGCCGAGGCCCCCUCCCCCCGCCGCCUGGUCCACGCCUCCUCCUUCCACUCAGAGCGCGUGCGCGCUGACCUCACCGUCCAGCGCGACAAGCUGGUCCUGCACUCCGUGGAGGUGGGCGCCCCCCCCUCGGCGCCGGAAGUGGCGACGCUGAGCGCCGCGCUGCGCGCGCUGCCCCUGGCCUCGCUGGGGUCCCUGCGCUGGCGCGGCCCCGGCGCCGCCGCGCUCUGGGCCGACCAGGACGUCUUGCGCGCCCUGGGUGCCAGGCUCACGCGCCUGGACCUGGCGGGGAGCGCUCUGGGCGCGCUCCCUGCGUCGGUCGGGGCCCUGCGCGAGCUGCGCACGCUGGACCUGACGGCCUGCGGCCUCAAGCUGCUGCCGCCCGUGCUGGGGUCGCUGACCGCUCUGCGCAGCCUGCACGCGGAUGGCAACGACAUCAGCCUCAUCCCGGGGGAGCUGGCGCGGUGCGCCUCGCUGCGCACGCUGAGCCUGGAGGGCAACAGGCUGACCCACGUGCCCCUGAACUUUGCAGCGCUGCGCCAGCUACGCACGCUGAGCCUGCUGAGCAACCCGCUGGAGGUGCUGCCGGAGAUCGGGCCCUGCGCCGCGCUGACCAACCUGUCCGUCGCCAACCUCAGGGUGACGAGCUCGCUGGACGGCUCCGAUCUCUCCGUGCAGCUCCUGCCCCUGUCUGGCCAGGGGUACGGCCUGUGGGGGGAGUCACGGCGCGCGGCAGACAGGCUUCGCCCCAUCUUCGAGCUCAUGCUGCGACGCAGCGCGGGGCACCACCCCAUCCUCUCCCGGUCCCUGCGCCACCUGGCGGCCUCCGACCCCAAGCACCGCACCCAGAUGGUGGCGCAGGAGGGCGCCCUCCAGCAGCUCCUGCUCAUGGCUCUGUCCGACUCGGAGCAGGUGGCCUGCGAGACCUGCGCCACGCUGGCGCUGCUCGCCUCGCACGGCCCCGAGCUGGCCGAGGCGGUGGCCGCGCGCGAUGUGUCCCCCGUGCUGGGCCUGCUGCGCUCUGCGGCCUCGCCCGCCGUCACGCUGGCCGCGCUGCGCGUGCUGUGCGCGCUGGCAUUGACCUCCACGGCCGCCGGCGCGCGCGUGGCGGGGGAGGAGGUGCUGGACGCACUGGAGGGACUGUGCACGCGGCCCGGGGUGGAGACAGGGGUGCUGGCCGCGGCCCUGGAAGCCAACGCGACGGUGCAGCGGGCCGUGGGUCGGGCGCCCAUGCAGGGGCGCGGCGUGCGCAUCCUCUCCAUGGACGGCGGGGGUAUGAAGCUGGAGGCGCGGACCGGUCGGCGUGUGCACGAGCUGUUUGACCUCAUCGUGGGCACCUCCACGGGGGGAUUAUUGGCGGUGGCCCUGGCCCUGCGCCGCAUGACCCUGGACGAGUGCGAGGCCAUCUACAAGGUGCUGGGCCAGCGCGUCUUCUCCCGCGGCGGCGCCCAGGACCGGGAGGAGGGGUGGAUGGACAGCUUCUACCGCAAUUUUCACUCUCGCACCCAGCAUGUGCGUGCCGUGGUGGUCGGCUACAAGCACGACUCGGCCAUGUACGAGGAGCUCCUGAAGGACUACUGCGACCUCAGCGCCUUCCCAGAGGUGCUGGGCAAGUCCAUGAUAGAUUCCGCUCCGCUGGACUGCCCAAGGGUGGCGCUCGUGGCCACCCUGGCCUCGGUCAUGCCCGCCACGCCCUUUGUCUUCCGAAACUAUGAAGUGGGCCCCGAGCUGCGGGGCAGGAUGCAGGAGCUAGCAGCGCAUGGCGGGAGCUCCAGGCACGCCAUCUGGCAAGCAGCACGCGCCUCCUCGGCUGCCACCUAUUACCUCGAUGGUUUUGAGUGUGGCGCCGAGCGCUUCCAGGACGGUGCGGUGACCAUCAACAACCCCGCCCUGGUGGCGCUGCAGGAGGCCCAGCUGCUCUGGCCCGGCACGCCGCUGGAGGUCCUCGUCAGCAUUGGCACCGGGUCGGUGCCGUGCGUGCCGCGCCCCGCCGCGGUCUCCUCUUUCAUGGAGACGGGCAACAUCCUCAUCGAGUCCGCCACGGACGUGGAGCGUGUGGCCGAGACCCUGGCCGCCACCGCGCACCUCAUCCCCGGCCUGCAGUACUUCAGGUUGUGUGAAGGGUUCUCACCCAUGGACGCUCGGUGCCAGAUGGCGCUGGACGAGAUCCGGCAGGAGGAGUGGGCCAAGCUGGAGGCGGCCACGGAGGAAUGCAUCCAGAACUCUGGGCAGCAGCUGGACUCGGCCGCCGCCGCGUUGAUGAAGGAAGAAGCGCAGGAGAGCGACCAGGAGGAGAACGGCCAGGAGCCAGAGUCGCCUCUCAACCCGCCGCCCACUGCGUCAACCAGCAAGGAUCCGCCGGCCGCCACACAAGGCACCAGCCAGGGUGCCGGCGGCGGUCUGAGCGAGUACCUCACCUCCUGGUUCAGCCCCAGCAAGGGCGGGGUGGGGAGCGCUGAUGCCGCAAGGGCAGAGGGCGGGACCGGCGACAGUGGCGGCCCCGCCCCUUCCUUCCUGCCGCAGUCGGCCCGCUCGCGCAAGCGCGCAAGACGAGCUGUUCUUCAUCCCGGCGCCGCAUCUGGUGCCGGCCUCUCCCUGACCCCACUGGCCGCGGCCGUCGCCGCGGCGCUGCCGCCUGGCAGGACGGCGGCAGUCGUGCUGGACCUGCCUGUGAGCAGCGCCGGGGACCUGGUGUUGAGCUGGCGCAGCGAGCUCCACGCCGUGCUGGGCGGCAGCCCCGCCGAGGCAGAGUGGGAGGCCAGGUGCGGACAACCGCUCGCCGCCCUCUUCUCCCCCUUGCCGGCGUGCACGCUGCCUGGCGGCGACCAGCGCCUGUCGCUGCUGAGUCAGCACGCGCAGGUCGUCGGCGGGGGGAGAUCCGUGGAGCUCCGCCUCAUGGAGCACGUCUCCCCCGGCCGCAGCCUGUCCACCGCCGAGGCAAGUGCACAUGGGAGAGGGAUGGGAGUUGAGGGUGCGGGGCUCCAUCUGAGAGUCCGUCAUACGUACCCAGGAACACUCCCACUGCAGGUGGGCGAGGGCGCGCUGGCGGCGAGUCUGGCGGGCAGCGUCGUCUUCCUUACACGCACGGCAAACCCCGCCUGGGUGGCUGCUCUCCUCAGAGGUGGCACUGCCGCGGCUGUCGUGGCACCUGCUGGCGAAAGGUCGCUGACUGUUCAAGACCUAGGAAGUGUGUGGCCCCUCCUAGUAGCUGGGCAGCCGCUGCUUCCGGUGCUCCAGCGACAUGGUGGCCUGCAUUUGUUCACCCUCGGGACCGAUGACAAGGUCCAGCGCCACACUUGA